AUGGAUUAUUCCAAAAUCAGAUCGGAUCUCCAAGCUACAUCGCAGCAGGAGGCCGUCACUGUUAAUCAUAGAGCUUUAAUUACACGUACACUUACAAAAUACCCAGUAGACUAUGCACUAUUUCGCGAGCUUAUCCAAAACUCGGCCGAUGCCAAAGCUAAAGAUUGUGUUAUUUCCUUUAAAUCAACUAUUCCUGGAGGUCUUUCCAAGUCUCACAUUACUGACAUUGGGUCUAUUACUGUGGACAGGUUGACAGUUAAAAACAAUGGCCUGUAUUUUCAAGAAGACGACUGGAACCGACUUAGAGAAAUUGCAAAGGGCAAUCCUGACGAAAAUAAAAUUGGCGCGUUUGGAGUAGGGUUCUACUCCGUGUUCGAACUUACCGACGAACCUUUGGUUCAUUCAGGGACCUCGGUAAUGUCUUUUUACUACGACGGCGACCAACUGUGUUACCGCAGACAAACUGUUCCGGAUAGUAAAUCCUGGACUGUGAUAGACUUGCCAUAUCGUGUUCCACAAAACCUCCCCACUCUUUCAUCGUUUACUGCAUUUCUGACCCUAAGUUUUAUUCUUCUUCCUAUCGAGUCUAUCACUCUCCAGGUAGAUGAUAUUACUCUUCUUUCACUCAAAAAAACCAUUUCUCCUCAAGUAUCACUUGAUUUACCAAAGGGGUUAUCUUAUGUCUCGCCUGACCGAACACUGACACUCAAAUCAUGGACGUCUGAGUCAUUUUCUAUUGAAAUUAAUUACAUGAAUGUCACACAACUAAGCGAAAAGAUUACCAACAAUUCUUUUCUCUCGUUUGGAUACAAGGCAUUUUCGUCCUUUCUUCCGGGCUCCAAAGAUCCUUCCGAAAUGACCACGGUCUCGGCUCAUUUACGCAAAGUAACAGGGCGGUUGGCAGUUAAUGUCUCAUCGCAAUUUUCACGCAAGAUGAAAGAAACUGUCUUGAAAGCCCCACCAAAAGAAGCAGUCAUUUCCAUGCUUACAGACAAUAGAGAUGAAAAGCAGCUUUCAAAGCUGACGCCGCCAUUAUCAGAUUAUGUUUUUCCUAAAAAUUUCAAUGAUGCAAAAAUAUUUAUUGGGUUCCCCACAAAACAGUCAACCUCAUUUAAGUCACACAUUGCAAUUAAUCAGUUAAUCCCAACCAUGGAGCGUACAGCUGUCGACAUGGCCAAUGCUUAUGUCAAAGACUGGAACAAACAAAUCCUUGUUAUGGCGGGUAUUCUGAGUAGAGCCGUGUAUGAGUAUGAGUUUACGCAACUCAGGGCCAAGUACCCUAAAGUGACUCCUGAGACUAUGCAGCCGUUUCUUGAUGAUGCCUCUUAUAUCAUGAACCGAUUUGAGUUUAGCACAUCUGCACCAGACGUCUCUGUUGGCAAUUACAUUGCCCAUGGAUUUUGGCGAUCAUCUAAUAAACUAUCUCUGCCCACACAACGUGGUCUGAUUUUAACGUCGGAUGAGGUACGUUUGGCCGAUGAUGACAAUGCAGCACAGCUGAUUGAAAACAUUGCUAUUGUCCCCAAAUCUGUGGCCAAGUCUUCUGAAACUUUUUUGAAACGGGCUGUGGAACUCGGAUUGUUGAAAUACACUGGUGCGACUGACAUUGAACGAGAACUCAAGGAACAUACCCUAACACCGGCGCGAUUUCAAAAACUAGUUCGUUGGUGUAUUUCGCAUGCCUUUAACAGUGAAAUUGGACAGUACGAAAUCCAGCUUAUUUUAGCUGCUGGCAUUGUUGCCGAUUCCGAUACAGCUACCGGAUCGAUUUACGCUCUCAAAGCUAUCUCAUCGUAUCAGGACGUUCUGCGCGUGCCCAACGGGUACCCGCUCCCCCCAGCAUGCUUGCCGGCCAAGCUGCUUGAGUCAGUCAACACGCGUGAGGUUGAGCAAGUGUUUGGAUGGCGGCCAUUAACCCUACUUGGCUGGCUUACGUUUGCGACGGUCAACCGUGAUUCAAUUGAGCUGGAGAAAAACAUGUACUUGAUGCCGGACUUUUCCGAAAAAGUACUAAUGCGGCUUUCGUCGAAUUUCGAUGGGAUGAGCACUCUUGAUAAGACUAAAGUGGUGGAACUGCUUGGAAGUGCGGACUCGAUUCCAACCAACCUAGGCAUGAAGAAACCAUCCGAGUCGUAUCUCCAGGCAAUUGACUUGUUCCCGGAUCUGCCCAUUAAGUCGCCUACGCUUUUGACAUCACGAGAGUUUUUACUGGCCAUUGGUGUGCGCGAGUCUGUGGAUGUUGCCUUUGUUUUAAAGCUGCUAACGGACCCUGAUCCUCAAGUAAAGUGGUCAACAUUUGAUGUCAUCAAAUACUUGACUGCAAACCAGUCUAAGUUUAAGCAGAGCGACUGGGCAACCCUUAAAACGUCGUCAUUUUUUGAGGCUAUGGAUGGUAAACUCUACACAGCAUCCAGUCUGUAUCCACCCAACACCGAGCUGGAGACCUUGGGGAUGCGGUGUCUUAAGUGGCAGUACUGGAACGAGUCGACACCGGAAGCCAAGUUGAUUUUUAAACUAGGGCUUAAGCAUCACCCUCCUCUUGCCGAAAUCUUGGAGCUAGCCAAUGACAAAAACCCCAAAUCCGACACAGCUUUUACCUAUUUUUUGAAAAACUUUGAAACAAACAAAUACUCAAUUAGCGAAGCUUUCAAUACCACGUCGGCAUGCGUCAAGUGCACGCUUCCAGAUGGAAAGACAGUAAAGAGACCCCCCAGCAAGUGUUUUACAGAUCACUCGGUGGCUCUUUUUGGGUUUCCCAUUGUGGACGCUUCAUUGGAAAACCAUUCAUGGAAGCUUGGAAUACGCAAGUGGCCUGAGGCCGAUGAGCUUGCCAAUGUGCUAAUGACUCAACCUUCCAAGGACGUUGCAACGGCCAACAAGAUGUUUGGGUUUAUGUCUGGGUUUUUGGGAAAGAUUUCAGGGCCCAUGCGCAAGCGGUUGCGUGAGACUCAAUACAUUCCGGUUCCAGUUGUGCGCAAGCGGUUUGAUGAAAAGGGCAAGAUUGUGGAGGUUCAAACGGUAGAUCAUGAGUACCCCAAUAUGGUAUAUUUUGCACAGAACAACAACAAGGAGGGUACGGCCUCUGGAAGUGAGAUAUACGCGCAGUUUUUCCACUUUGUUGAUUUUGCUCAAGAUGCGCGCGGGUUUUUGACGUUUGUAGGAGUGCGCGAAGAACCAAGCAUCACAGAAAUUGCGCGCACUCUUGUGGCAGACCCUGAACGGAUGUACACGCUGGCGGCAUCAGCACAAAAAUACUUGGAGCUGCUGUUGAGGAUUUCGAGUCACUGGGACGAUGCCAUUUCUCGGGACUAUGCACUAGUGUCGCGGAUGCGCAAGGCUCGGUUUCUGAUUGGGUAUGUUUAUGAAAAGAAGCCAGUAGAAACAAGCGAUGUGAAAACAAAGGCCGCGGACGACGACGAGGACGAGUUCCGGCUGAGGUAUAAAUUGGCAUCAGUAGAACAAAUUGUGAUUGCUGAUAACGUUUUGUACGCCAACAUGUUUCGCAAUGACUUGUUACUUGCGCCGCAGAUAAACGACCUGGAACGAUUAUAUCGGGAGCUGGGGUGCCGCGCACUUAGCAAGGUAGUUGAGACCAAAACCAUGCUGGGCAGAAUUGUGUCUGGGUAUGACGGGCGACAGCUCAAGGUUCAUAUUGCGGAGCGUGCAGGGCUGUUUCUGGACGGGAACAGGGAUGCUUUGCGGCGCACACGAGGCGGGUACAAGGCGGCGAAGCGGCUGCUUGCGGAGCUGCACAUUGUAGCGCUGACUCACAUAACAGUGGAGCAUAGGGUACGAUACGCCAACUUGUGUGUGUCUGGGCGAGGUGGUGUGUUGCCACCUCCUGUGCGUCAAACAGUAACGGCGUAUAUUGGUCCUGGUGAGGAAACAGUUUCCGGAGUGGCGACAUUGUACGUACAACCAUCUGGUCUGGACUGGUUUGACGUGAGCCAGGCACUUGUGGGCCAACUUUUAGGUCAAGGGGCUGGGCCUGAUAGCGCGAUUGUGUUGGAGAGUUUGCUUGCAUCAGAAUUGCGGGCGCUACAGCGCAAGGGAUUCAAUGUGAAUGCGAUUAUAAAGCGCCGAGAGGAGGAGGUGCAGGCGGAGCGAGAGGCUGCGGAGGCGUUGCGGCGGGAGCUAGAGGAAAAGCAUCAAGUGGAAGAAGCGAAGCGUCGAGAAGAGGCUGCUAGGCGCAAGGAAGAGGAAGCAAGACGACAAAAGAGUAUGAUUCUUGAGGAUGGGGCAGGCCCGAAGAAGGCUGAAGAUGGAGGAGCGCCUCCGCCGCCAUAUAGUUCAGGAGGAGCGAUUGGAGGUGUUCAAGGAUGGGACAAGGUGAAGCAGGCUCUUGAGAGUGCGGAGCGACAGGAGCAGCAGGAGGUUGCACGGGAGCAGCAAAUGCAACAGGCCCAGCAACAGCAGCAGCUGCAACAGCAGCAGCACUCCAAGGGACUUUUUAGCAAAAUGUGGAAAUCUUUUUCGCCAACCGCAGCCGCUGCUGCCGCACAAGCCGCGCAGGCCGCCGCACAAGCCGCAUCCAAACCUACAACCCAACUACCUGCACCACAGGCUCAACAGCAAGCUCUACCUCAAACUCCGGCUCCGUCGUCACGCGGAAUCCAGUUCCCUGGCAGCGGCGGUGUAUUUCAAGGACCCGGUACUGGUACUGGUGGUGGAAUGCGGGGGCCUGGGGCUUCCUCACCACAUGCAACAACUCCAGCUCAAGCUGCAGCCGAAUUGUCAGCGGUUAUUGGACGGUCGCACGCAUAUUCUUCAGGCUCGUUAUCUUCAAGCAUAAACACGGGCGAUGCGGCACGUACUUCAGCAGCUGAACAUGCGGCGGAGCAGGAAUGUAAUACACAAGUAUUGGCCUCGCUUGUACAAGUUGCCGUGCUUCCAUUUUCAGUGGCGCCUGGAGCUGGAGGAGGACCUGGUCUUCGGUUUUUUGCACCUCACGGGGACCCGCGCGUGUUUGAUGCGGCACAGGGUAUGGCAGCAGCAGCAACUGCAGCAGCAUCAGGAGCGAAUACAUCUACUGCAAGUGAUGGGUUGCGUGGAUGGGGACUAGAGCUUUCACGGUUUGCUUUGGUAUUACGUGCGGUUGCCGAGAUUUAUGAUGGAGGUAGUAAUGGUGGAAAGUUAUGGCAAGCGAUACAUGCAUAUUGGGACCCGAAUUCUGCAGUGAUUGCAUUUAAUGCAGGUGGUGGGAGUUUAUUUUUUAACUUGGCAUACUUUGUUGGAGGGUCCGGGAUGGUGGCAGCUAGAGAGCCCGGGAGCAAUGAAUGGCAACCUCAAGCGCAAUUGGAUUACUGGUUUACGGUGGCUGCACAUGAAUUGGCACAUAAUAUGGUUGCCGGACACGGAGCUGCUCAUUCGCAUUAUUCAGAGAGUUUUGUGCAGACUUAUUUGGAACGGUACCGGCAAGUUGCUGCUGAGUUUUCUGGGAGAAGUUGA